CGCAUCCACUGCGAGCAAGGAAAAGCUGAAAACUGGACGCUAGUAAUUCGUGUGCUCAUGCCCACCUGGACCGUGACCUCGCCGCUCUCAUACCAUUACAUCAAAUUCUCCGUAUCCCCACCUUGCACGGACGCACUAUUAUUGCGAAAGUCGCUCCAAGACGCUCUCGACCAGUCGUUUGGCCUAGUCUCUGCCAAUACAUACGUCGACGUGCUAUGGGUUUCUGAAGAAGGAUCAGAGACAGUUGUCCGGAUCGCCCACAGGGAGGCUGCGAAACUGAUGGCUGCCACUACCGUGUACCAAGGACCACGCAAGCUGUCUGUAUUGAAGGAGUCUCCAUUCCUUCCGACGCUAUCGUCUGUUCAGAUAACGUUAUGACAGUGUCUAAAGUGCAGUCGUACUCGAAAUCGCUACAGCAUGUUCGAACGAUCGUACCGCUUCGGUGCUUCUGCGCCAUUAUUCGGUCGUAUGCGCGUAAAAUGCCUCGACACAAAAACAUGGAUGCAUCUGCACCGGACUCAGUCUUGCGAAAAGUCAACAUCCAUGUAGUAGAAAUUGAACGCCAUAGCUGAGAUAUUUGCUACACGCGCUCUUCUAUCGUACAAAUUGUGCCCAUGCAGUCGUAGAGUAGCAGGAUGAACGAGCCGAAC